AUGUUUAAGUUUGACAGUUACGAUCGUCUUAGUGCUAAGAUGUCUAUGUUCAGGUAUGACAGUUACGAUCGUCUUAGUGCUAAGAUGUCUAUGUUCAGGUAUGACAGUUACGAUCGUCUUAGUGCUGAGAUGUCUAUGUUCAGGUAUGACAGCUACGAUCGUCUUAGUGCUAGAAUGUCUAUGUUCAGGUAUGACAGUUACGAUCGUCUUAGUGCUGAGAUGUCUAUGUUCAGGUAUGACAGUUACGAUCGACUUAGUACUGAGAUGUGUAUGUUCGGGUAUGACAGUUAUGGUCGUCUUAGUGCAUAGAUGUCUAUGUUGAGGUAUGACAGUUACGAUCGUCUUAGUGCUGAGAUGUCUAUGUUCAGGUAUGACAGCUACGAUCGUCUUAGUGCUAAGUUGUCUAUGGUCAGGUAUGACAGUUACGAUCGUCUUAGUGCUGAGAUGUCUAUGUUCAGGUAUGACAGUUACGAUCGUCUUAGUGCUGACAUGUCUAUGGUCAGGUAUGACAGUUACGAUCGUCUUAGUGCUAAGAUGUCUAUGUUCAGGUAUGACAGUUACGAUCGUCUUAGUGCUAAGAUGUCUAUGUUCAGGUAUGACAGCUACGAUCGUCUUAGUGCUGAGAUGUCUAUGUUCAGGUAUGACAGUUGCCAUCGUCUUAGUGCUAAGAUGUCUAUGUUCAGGUAUGACAGUUACGAUCGUCUUAGUGCUGAGAUGUCUAUGUUCAGGUAUGACAGUUACGAUCGUCUUAGUGCUGAGAUGUCUAUGUUCAGGUAUGACAGCUACGAUCGUCUUAGUGCUAAGUUGUCUAUGGUCAGGUAUGACAGUUACGAUCGUCUUAGUGCUGAGAUGUCUAUGUUCAGGUAUGACAGUUACGAUCGUCUUAGUGCUGAGAUGUCUAUGUUCAGGUAUGACAGUUACGAUCGUCUUAGUGCUAAGAUGUCUAUGUUUAGGUAUGACAGUUACUGUCGUCUUAGUGCUGAGAUGUCUAUGUUAAAGUUUGACAGUUACUGUCAUCUUAGUGCUGAGAUGUCUAUGUUCAGGUAUGACAGAUACGAUCGUCUUAGUGCUGAUCCGAAGGACUUAUCGUUUCCCAACAUUUUCCGGAACAGAUUGCUAUUUUUUUUUUAAUCGGGCUC